UGAAGUGCCAUGAUGGGCCCCCCAACCCUUGGCUCAGGCUCAGGGGUCUGGACAGGCCUGAUUACCCCUCAAGUAAGGCGGUGUUCGGUGUUCGUGAUGAAAUAUAAAGUCGCAUCGUCGUUCGUCUCCCUCAAGGCUUUCCUACUCUUUUCCUCUCCCUACCGUGCAGUCGCUGUGUUUGUCGGUUCAUUCCUUUUCUCACCUUUUUGCCAGACAAUUCUUUCUUUCUUGGCUGUGCCAUUCAUUCAUUCAUUUGAUCCCGAACUCGACGUUCGAACUCACACUCCCUUUCGAUUAUACUUUCGACUACAUCAGGUGCAACCCUUCGAGCACAUUUGACGUUCUUUUCACUUCGGACAAACGACCAGCAAGGCAAGAAAACAGAAAACAGGAAACAGAAAUACACCAACACCAUGCGUUUCACUGCAGCCUCUGCCCUGGCCAUGGCCAGCACCGUCUCUGGCCACGCCCUCAUGUACGGCGUCUGGGUCAACGGCGUCGACCAGGGUGACGGCCAGCGCCUGUACAUCCGCUCGCCUCCCAACAACAGCCCCGUCAAGGAUCUCGCCAGCCCCGACAUCGUCUGCGGUCCCAACGGCGCCAACCCGGCCCCCGCCUUCGUCGAGGCCGCCGCCGGCGACACCCUCAGCUUCGAGUGGUACCACAACACGCGCGACGACGACAUCAUCGACGGCUCCCACCUGGGCCCCAUCAUCACUUACAUCGCCCAGUACACCGACGGCGACGGCACCGGCCCCAUCUGGACCAAGAUCGCCGAGGACGGCUGGGACGGCUCCCGGUGGGCCGUCGACAAGAUCAAGGCCAACAACGGCCUCCAGGACUUCGACUUGCCGGCCGACCUGGCGCCCGGCCAGUACCUGAUCCGCCAGGAGAUCAUCGCCCACCACGAGUCCGAGGUCAGCUUCGAGGCGAAUCCGGCCCGCGGCGCCCAGUUCUACCCGUCUUGCGUCCAGGUCGAGAUCACCUCGGGCGGCUCCAGCGUGCCCGACCAAAGCUUCGACUUUAACACCGGCUACACCUACGCGGACCCGGGCAUUGUCUUCAACGUCUACACUUUCGACGGCGGCGAAUACCUCAUCCCCGGCCCGGAAGUCUGGACUGGCGGCAACGCCAGCCCUGCUCCCGAAGAGCCAGAGGUCCCCAGCAGCACCGUCCCGGUUGCCCCCGCACCUACCCCGGCGCCUGGUGACGACGAUGACACCGCCCCGGAGCCCGUCUUCUCGACCGUCCUGCCUUCCACCACUCUCGUCACCGUUACUACUUCUCUCGCUCAGGAGCCCAGCUCGGCGCCGACUCCUCCCGCCGAGUGCCGCCGUCGUCGUCGCCGCCGCUCCACCCAGAGCAAGAAGGCCAAGAAGGCCAGGCGCAGCACCGAGCGGGUCGUUCGCCGCGUCGGCCGUGCUCAGUUUUAAGAAGGAUGCUGCAGUGCGUGGGUGGUGAGACGAAAGGGGGAGGACGGAGGACAGACCGUUGGCCUUGAACUAUCGGCCGGUUCGAGGGGACAUGGAGUCAAUAUCCUUGGGGAUGUGAUGGCCGAUUGAUUUUCAUUCUUGGACAUAUUGGUUGAGCGUGUAUAUAUAGGUGCUUACAACUAUUGAGUACAAUAUCAGAGACCAGGUGUGAACGAGAUUUCCACCAAAAAAA